CGCUCGCUACUAAAGUGUCCUUUAUCCUUAAGCGCUCCAACGCUCCCCUCUGACUCGCUGGCAAUUCGAUCGCGCCUUCUUACAUUCACUUUAGACGUUUCCGAGGCUGCAUGCCCCGGCUACUAUCAUCGAAGUAACUGUUAAAAGUUUGACAUAGCAAACCCAUUUGCUGUGCAUAGAGGCGCCGGCCUCAAUCCUUACCACCAUGGCCGCGGAUAUGCCCGACCCGACGCUGCAAAACGUUGUAGAUCAGAAGGAGCUUAAAUGGAUCUUCGUGGGCGGCAAGGGAGGCGUGGGGAAGACCACCACGUCCUCGUCCCUAGCCGUGGCGCUCGCGGAGAGCGGGACACGCAACCGUGUGCUCAUCAUCUCCACGGACCCCGCACACAACCUGAGCGAUGCCUUCCGGCAAAAGUUUACAAAGACGCCCACGCUAGUUAACGGCUUCACCAACUUGUUUGCCAUGGAGGUGGACCCGCAGCCCGACAUUGGCGAGAUGGAGCAGCUGGAGUGGGCGCAGGACAGCUUCCUCACCGAGCUGGCGGGCAGCAUCCCCGGCAUUGACGAGGCCAUGAGCUUCGCCGAGGUCAUGAAGCAGGUCCAGACCAUGGACUACGACACCAUUGUGUUUGACACGGCGCCCACCGGGCACACGCUGCGGCUGCUCAACUUCCCCACCAUCCUGGAGAAGGGGCUGUCCAAGCUGGUGGCGCUCAAGGGCGCCAUGGGCGGAAUGAUGGGGCAGGUGACCCGCAUGCUGGGCGGCAUGGCGGGCGGGGGCGAGGGCGCGGCGGACCUGCCGGACCAGCUGUUGGGCAAGGUGGAGGGCAUGCUGGACGUGGUGCGCAAGGUGUCGGCCCAGUUCAAGGACCCGCUGCUGACCACCUUCGUGGCUGUGUGCAUCCCCGAGUUCCUGUCGCUCUACGAGACCGAGCGCCUGGUGCAGGAGCUCGCGAAGUUUGAGAUCGACUGUCGCAACAUUGUGAUCAACCAGAUCAUCUUCCCCGAGUCGGUGGGCGGCUCCCGGCUGCUGGACGCGCGUGUUCGCAUGCAGCAAAAGUACCUGGACCAGUUCUACGAGCUGUACGAGGACUUCCACAUCCUGCAGCUGCCGCUGCUGGAGGAGGAGGUGCGGGGGCCGGAGGCGCUCAAGGCCUUCGCGGUCAACCUGCUCAAGCCCUAUGUGCCGGCGCCGCCCACGGACGCCGCGGCUCGGCAGGCGGCGCUGGUGUCGGAGGUGGCGGCGCUGAAGAAGCGUGUGGCGGAGCUGGAGGCGGCGCUGGCGAAGAAGUGAGGCGGCGGCGCGUGGGCUACACCACUGGUAUGAAGGUGCAGGCUGCUGCGUUGGACGUGCCGCCGCAUAGGCAGCCUGGGUGAGGGCGGGUGUGGGAGGAUGGAGUGGUGGCGGCGGCGCGGUGGUGGCGGCGACGUGAACGGCGGUGGUGACGUGACGGGACGGGACUGAGUGGCUAGGACUGGCGGCCUGUGAGGUGUUGGUCGGGAGCUUGGUGUGCGGGGGGGGGAGCAUACGGUGGCUGUGCGGCCUCUCAGCGGCAGGCGCGCACGAUGAGGGCGUACGUGUUCGGUGUGGCCGCGCUGUUGCGUAAGGUGGUUGGGAGCGUCCGUCGCGCGCUUUCCCAUCCCGCCUACUCGUAAUGCUGAGUAUACCGUAGUGUGGGCUCAUGGGUCAGGAGUGCAGCGCUACUGAUGUCUGAUGACAAGCGCGCCCGCUACCCUAUCUGUGGUGCUAGCUGUAGGCAAGGCAGCUGGUAGCUGGUCGGAGUGGAUACGGCACCGGCACUGAGUUGCAAUGGAAACACUGGUGAUGGCCAUUGGCGUUACAGAUGCGUGUGUGUGUUCGAUCGUAUGAUUGCACGAGAUCGUGGAAGUUCCUUACUCUUGUCCUGACUCCGGGCAUCCUGGCCAUCUACUUAAAGCUAUGCUUGGGGUCAUGCCCGCAUAAUCAGCGGCGCGGCCCCGAGCCCCACACUAACUAACCUGGCUUCACCUUCUAAUGCAUAGGGCAGGUGAGCCGGCACACGUGUCUAACCAUUACGUGUCUAAGUUCCCAAACAGCU